AUGUUCAUAGGGGCUCGUGGAGGUGGUAAGGGUGCGGAUGUCUUAGGGGGAGAAACAAAGCACAAUCCGAGGCCAGCUUCGGCACCUGCUGGGUUCAGAUCCAGCAGCAGACUGCGUCCCGGCUCAGCCUUCUUGGGAAUGCAAUCUUCUUUAAGAACAAGUGGCUUUUUCUCAUUAGACUUGUUGGCGAGUGAUGAUGCGCUUAGUACCUACCAGAGAAAAUCUUGUGUCUUCAAUAUUCUUCUAAUGACAGCACCGACAGCCGCUCUACCAUAUUCUUCAGCUAUCCAGGAACAACAGACGCUACAUCAGCUGCAUCAGAGUAGUACAUCAAGUAUAGCAUCCGACGUACUACUAGGGGAUGCUCUUCUACCGUCUUCGACCCUUGAGCAAGGAUCAGCCGUUGCACAGCAUUUAAGGCUCCCCACAGGAAUUCACUUCCACACUUCAUGCAUGAAUGUUUGUGUUUCCUCCUCAGCAAACUUCCACACUUCGUGUGAUCUCUCUGUUUGUGUUUCCUCCUCGAACAGGUUAUAAUUAGAAGUUUAGAAGCGCUAAGUGAUGCUUCCACUGGUGGCACUGCCACAACCUUCCGCAUGACCGAUGAAAUGGCAAGUAUUUUGGCCUCACCGACGGGACUGCGUGUGAUAGAGGUUCUUCCUGAUGGUGAAAACGUGCGGGUUGGCGUGUAUCGUGACAAUCGACCGGAUGCGCCGCCUUCAGCGACAGUAGUACUCUCAACAUCCAUGAUCGUGCCCUACAACCUACCAGACACG